AUGUUCUUAAAAGUAAAUCUAUCAUUACAGAAGCAGCUAAUAACAGCAAGGCUUAUGGAAAUCAGCCUCAAAGUAGACGACCACAUUUAUAGGCAGAAGCUGAUAUCGGAUCUCGAUGCUGAACUGUAUUUGAAAGAGGUGGGCUCAUACAAACCGCAAUGUAGUGGAGACGAGCGCUCGUUGCAGGUAAUCGAAAAAUUAAUCAGAUGUAUGAAAGCAAUUAUUAUAGACCAUCAAGAACAAAGAGGCGAUAGUCAUGAAGAACCGAACAUGCGUGAGGGUUCUUCAUCACCAGUGUACUCCAUGCCAGAUGAGGAUAGAACCUACCUUACUCAACCUGUCGAAGGUGGUAUCAACGUCACAGAACCAAAUAAUGAUGUGGAGAUUAUAGAUUUAGUUGAUAGCGAUGAUGAAGGAAACCAUGAAGCUGAUAAUGCAACAGCGGAAAGUUCUAGAUUAAAUGUCGAAGUUGAUUUACACAGAGGUAUGUCCAGUCUAUCUCUGAAAGAUACAGAACAACUAGAUACAACUGUUGAUAUUAAUUGUUCGCAGAGCAUACUCAAUAACUUUGAAGGCGUGGUAAACGAAAUACAUCUGGAAAAAACUACCGUUCCUUCUGAUGUAAUGGUCAAUAUUAAUGCAAAAGCUAAAGCAGUUGAUUUUAUUCGGACUGACAAAGAAGUGUUUUUACACAAUUAUAAAACACCUAUUGUUGAACAGCGACAUACUGAUAAUUUGAAAAUUAUGGAUCAUUUAACCAAAACAUCAAAUGCUACCAAAACUCACUAUACCCCUGAAUCAACACUGACUGUGAUUACCAAUCAACCAAAGAUAAUAAAAACUACAACUAACGUUUUAACGAUGAAUCCAAUAGAAAAAUACAACAAUAAUACAUCUGCUACUGAUAUUUCUGAUACACAAAGACAGACUUGGUAUGAUUCAAAUAAAACCUGUUCAAUAAAUAAUUUUGGCCAAGCUAGUGAAACACAGCUUACACAUGCUUUUGAACGUGUUGGUCAAAAGAUUAUAAGCACAGCUCAAAAUGUACUCGAUUUAAAUACAGGCGUACCAAUCAAUACUUAUAGGGGAAUAGAUAAUACAAGGCAAUCAAACACUCCUGAAACAUUAAUUAAUAAAGAAAAUUCUGAGAACGUCAAAAAGAAAAGAUGCCCACGUAAGAAGGUUACAAAUGAAGUAGAAGUCAAACCUAAAAAUAGAAGAGGUCCUAAACCAAAAGAACAUAGUAAAAUAGGCUCAAAGAAAAACAAAAGUGUACCAAUAUAUAACAAAAAUGUAGAAAAUGAUUUGUCCUGGGUGGAAAAUAUAAGAUACGUGAGAGAAAUUAAAGAAGAUGAAAAUGAGACUCAAUUGAAUAUAGAAGAAUCUUUUUGGUGCAAUUAUUAUCUACCCAACAAUUGGAAUGACAAUGAUUUUUUGUAUUAGGCUGAAUUGUAUUAAAAUUUUGAUUAAUUA